CAUUUCAAUUUUCACCUUUGAGAUUUAAAAAAAUAGACCCUCUAAUCCGUUUGCUUCAUUCACCGUUCAAACUUCAAAUCCCCAAACCAAAUUUUUUACCAACACUCCCUCACACACCACCGCAUUUCAAAUUCAUUCCACUGCGAAUACUUUGAAAGCGAUCUUCCAUUUCUGGAGCUGCGAGGUUUCAAUCCAGAGUAAUUGCCAAGCUGGGAUCUGGAAAACAACCUCUCUCUCCCAUCCCUCUCUCUCUCAUCUCUCCCCCUCUCUCUCUCACACACACACACACACGCAGAGUUUAAUUGUUUUGGGAACUGGAGGUACAUUGUAUCUCUGCGGCAGACCUUUUGCAGAUAUCCCUCAAAUUGUUUGUUUUCUUCUUCCCCGCUGCUCAAAUCACCCUGGUCAGUUCAGAUUUUUCAGCCCCAGACAUAAGGAAGGGGAAGUGGAAUUGGAAACUGACUCGGUCAUUUCGUCGAACAUGACGUGAGCGAUUGAAUUUACGCUGUAUUCGAUGGAUGCGAAUGUGGGCUGGCGUUUUUCUCCUGGGAUCUGCCGCACUGUCUCCGAAUUUCGCCGGUGAGGCGGACGUUGUGCUAGGGUUUUUACGCAUUUUGAUUUCCACUUUCGGAGUUCGAAAUGACGACCACCACCAAACGUGCUUACAAGCUACAGGAAUUUGUAGCUCAUUCUUUAAGUGUGAACUGCCUAAAGAUCGGGAGGAAAUCAUCAAGGGUUCUCGUGACUGGAGGAGAAGAUCAUAAGGUCAAUCUCUGGGCUAUUGGCAAGCCCAACGCCAUACUGAGUCUGUCAGGCCAUUCCAGUGGAAUUGAUUCAGUUAGCUUUGAUUCAUCGGAGGUUUUGGUUGCUGCUGGAGCAGCUAGUGGUACCAUUAAGCUUUGGGAUUUGGAGGAGGCUAAGAUCAUACGCACCCUCACUGGUCACCGCUCCAAUUGCAUAUCCUUGGACUUUCAUCCCUUUGGAGAGUUCUUUGCAUCUGGUUCCCUGGACACAAAUCUCAAAAUAUGGGAUAUCAGAAGGAAGGGGUGUAUACACACUUACAAGGGUCAUACUCGAGGAGUUAACGCAAUCAGGUUUACUCCUGAUGGCCGGUGGGUUGUUUCUGGCGGAGAGGACAACACUGUGAAGUUAUGGGAUUUAACUGCUGGCAAGCUUUUGCAUGAUUUCAAAUGUCAUGAAGGCCAAGUUCAAUCCAUUGAUUUCCAUCCACAUGAGUUUUUGCUGGCAACAGGCUCAGCUGACAGAACUGUUAAAUUCUGGGAUCUUGAAACUUUUGAGCUAAUUGGUUCAACUGCACCUGAGACCACUGGAGUGCGCUGUAUGACCUUCAAUCCUGAUGGGAGAACCCUUCUUUGUGGCUUGCAUGAGAAUUUGAAAGUUUUCUCAUGGGAACCGAUCAGAAGUCAUGAUACUGUAGACGUGGGGUGGUCUAAAUUAUCAGACAUGAAUGUCCAUGAAGGAAAGCUUCUAGGAUGCUCUUAUAAUCAGAGUUGUGUUGGAGUUUGGGUUGUAGACAUUUCGCGGAUUGAACCAUAUGCAAUCGGCAAGACUGCUCGAUUAACUAGUGAUACUGAUGCAAAAUCGAAUUCUGGUGGUUCAUCUGUAACCACAGAGGAUAAUGUGAAGGCCAAUUUGGGCAGGCUUUCUAUUUCAAAUAAUGCUGAUCCGGUGAAGGAAACUAGAUCUCUCACGAGGCUCUCUGUCCCACAGAAUUCAGAUAAGGAUUCCAAAUCAAGUGCAUCUACUCCAAGCACUCCUCAAAAGUCAAAUUUCAGUGUUGUUCCAAAGACAAUGCAGAUCACUGCACCAGCAAUUUCCAGUGCAACAAACCCAAAGCGGCAAGCCGCAAAGGCCCAAUCAACAGCGAAUAUCUUAUUCAACAGAUCUGAUGUAAUACCUGUGAUUGUGCCAAGAAAUAAUCCAAGAGCUGAGCAAGCUACUGAGUUUAGAAAAGAAGAUGCUCCAGUUAAAGCUGUACCUUUACAUUCACAGUCCAAAACUUCUGACGUUCGUAAAAUUAUCAGCCCCGGAGAUGUUUUUGAGAGGACAAAUAUUCCUACUCAGUCAGAUAAUGAGCUCCCAAAGUCCAUGGAUUCGAAUGUCCCGGAUAGAACUUUUAGUGCAUCAAUUAAGAACUCAAUAAGCGGACUUGCUGCAGACAGAAAAGUCAGAGAUGAUAAACCUAUGAUUUCAAGAAGAGUUGAUACAAAUGCUGCUAUUGAUACCCUUGCCAGAUAUCAGCAUGAAAAUUAUGAAUAUCGAGGAAAUAAUAUGAAUAUGGAAGCAUCUCAUGUUGAAGGUCAAAAGGGAGGUAGACCACAUCUGAUUCUCUCUAACUGGGAACAGAAAGGAAGAAGUUCUUACCGUCCAGGUCUUGCUUCAAGCAAUAUCUCCGGGAGAUCAAAUGCUAGAAGCUAUCCUUCAGCUGAUGAAAACGAGUCAGUCUCUGCUAGUGAAGAAGAUACUAUAGCUGAUUUGAUAGAACAACACGAUCAAUUUGUUGGCUCAAUGAGGUCUCGAUUAGGCAAACUGCAGGUGGUCCUUAACUACUGGCAGAGGCAUGAUAUCAGAGGGGCUCUUAGUGCAAUCAGCAAAAUGGGCGAUCAAAGUGUGCUUGCUGAUGUAAUGAGCCUUUUGGCAGAAAAAACUGAUAUUGUCACAUUAGAUAUUUGUUCAUGUCUUUUGCCACUCCUGACGGGACUUGUGGAAAGUGAUAUGGAUAGGCAUCAAGAUAUUGCAUUGGAUAUGCUCAUAAAAUUGGUGAGAGUAUUUGGCUCUGUUAUUUACUCUUCACUGUCAGCACCUGCAUCCGUUGGUGUAGACAUCGAGGCAGAGCAAAGGCUGGAGCGUUGCAAUCUCUGCUAUGUGGAACUUGAGAAAUUAAAAUGCUCCCUUCCUGCACUUUCAAGGUAUGUUUUUCUCAUGAAAAUACGGCUUCAUAUUGGUGCAAACUUCCAAUAUCUGUCUGCUGUUUUGUUUUGCAGAAGAGGGGGUAAUAUCGCCAAGUCUGCACAGGAACUGAAUCUGGCACUUCAGGAAGUUUCAUGAGUAUCUAAUGCUCACAAUAUAUCAGCACCUAGGCAGACAGGUUCAGAUGGUAUUGCUUUCAGGGGACUGCAGAUUCUGGAUCUGUGGAAGUGCCGUGAUUUGUAUGCUUGAAAGAUGAAAGUGCUGGAAACUCAUGUAAAUUCGUGCUCAGUGGGAUUACUGACCCGAUUCUUUAUCUUAACUUAAAGUUAGGCGAUGGACAACCUGGUUGCUGCCACUCAAAAUCAGUUAGUGGCUGAAGCCUCAUCAGUGGACGCAGAUCCAUCUUACUGCUUUGUUGUCUUAACCCAAAUGUCAACUUGUUAUUCUUGAGUGAAGUUGAUGGUAGUUUAGAGAGAUUUGUACAAACGUGAUUCUGUCUAAGGGCAUAAAAGCGAGUUUGCUUUGUAUGAUGUAAGAGUGUUUGAGUUUUGACAUGUAUUUUGGCGUUUACCACUGAGAAAUAUCUGCUGUAUCCUCGAGCAAUAACCUUUACCAAUCUCCUAAAUAUAUAUAUACCAAUCUUCAUUGGGCUAUAUUUUAUUUUGUUUUGCCUCAUUAGCUCAGGUGUGUAAUGUAACAUUGCCUUGUAUACAUUACGAGACAUGGAGAUGUUCUAUGAAAUUCAUGGGUUUUUUGUCCGCCA